AUGCCUUUCGUCAAAGUCGUGAAGAACAAGGCUUACUUCAAGCGCUACCAAGUCAAGCUGAAGCGUCGUCGUCAAGGAAAGACUGACUACUAUGCCCGAAAGCGUUUGACGGUGCAAGACAAGAACAAGUACAACACUCCCAAGUAUCGUCUCAUCGUUCGUUUCACCAACAAGGAUGUGAUCGCGCAGAUUGCUUACUCGCGAAUUGAAGGAGAUGUGGUUGUCUGCUCUGCCUAUGCACAUGAACUUCCUCGUUACGGAGUCAAGUACGGGCUUACCAACUAUGCUGCAGCUUAUGCAACUGGGUUGCUUCUUGCUCGCCGUCAUCUCAAGAAAAUUGGCCUAGACGGCAGUUAUGCUGGACAAGUUGACGUCAAUGGAGAGGACUUCAAUGUUGAGGCUAGCGGUGAGAAGGCCCCAUUUAAGGCUGUGUUGGAUAUUGGACUUGCCCGCACUACUACCGGAGCCAAGAUCUUCGCAGUCAUGAAGGGUGUUGCUGAUGGUGGAAUCGAUGUGCCACACUCAGAGACUCGUUUCUUCGGUUACGAUCCAGAAGCCAAGAAGUACGAUGCUGAGGCCCACCGUGGACGAAUCUUCGGAGCUCACGUCGCCGAUUACAUGCGCGCGUUGAAGGAUGACGAUGAGGACGCCUACAAGAGACAAUUUUCCCGAUUCAUCGCUGCCGGAAUCGAUGCCGAUGGAGUCGAAGCCUUGUACAAGAAGGCUCAUGAUUCCAUUCGUGCCAACCCCGAGCUCGCUAAAUCCAACAAGCAAAAGCCAGCCCAGCAAAAGAGAUUCACCGCUAAGAAACUCACCUAUGAUGAGCGCAAGCAGCGUGUCGCGGAGAAGAAACAGCUCCUCCUUAACCUCAAGGAACAAAUGGAGACUCAA